UUUCUGCGUUGCUCUCUCCGCGUUUAUUCCCCAGUCGGUAACCGGAGGAGUUGCAGGGGAAGUGGGACACGGGAAAGUGGCUGAGGUACCGUUUCUCCAUCCUCCCGACCUGUACCCCCUUUCCCUCCUCCCUAGGACCGGAACAUUGACUCCCAUCAGCACCGCCAGCUUGGUUUUGUUUUCAAAAAAUCUCUGACAACAUUUCUGGAGCCGGAGCAGCUGGAAAUGGCUAACUCCAGAGAGUCCCCGCCCAGAAGUUCUUCGAGUGUAGACCUGAAGACAUCUCUGGAUGAAUGUAUGACAGCUAUGGACUUGUUUCUUAAUAAUCAAUUCAGUGAGAGCCUGGAGAUGCUGAAACCAAGGGUGAAGGACAGCAUGUACCAUGCUUUGAUAUAUGCCACCAUUUUGGAAAUGCAGGCAAUGAUGACCUUUGAACAUGAUGACAUCAUCAGUGCAGGACACACAAUGAAAGAAGCACAGGAGAUUUGCCAGAGGUUUCGCAAGAAGUCGACUGUUGUUGGUUCGCUCUCGAGUCUGGUGAACAAGCCAGCUGGGGACCACUUCACAGAAGAGGAAGUCCAUGCAGAGGUUUGCUAUGCAGAGUGUUUACUGCAGAGAGCAGCUCUGACCUUCUUACAGGAUGAGAACAUGGUCAGCUUUAUCAAGGGUGGAAUUAAAGUCAGAAGCAGCUUCAUGAUUUACAAGGACCUCCACAAUUUUCUGCAGUCGGACCUCUUCAAUAAAGGACCGAACCACUCGCAUUUAGAAGGAGGCAUUUCCUUGGGAAUUGGAGCAUUCAACCUGACGCUGUCACUGUUCCCCACACGGAUCCUGAAAUUGUUGGAAUUUGCUGGCUUCUCUGGUGACAAGGAGUAUGGUCUGUCCCAGUUACACGAUGGAGUGCUGGUGCCCAACCUUCGAGCGAUUCUCUGUGUCAUGCUGCUGCUGUGUUACUAUACCUUCCUCACUUUCAUACUUGGUACAGGAGAGGAGGAGGUCACAGACGCAGUGGUUCUCCUUCAGCCCUACCUCACUCGCUAUCCCAAGGGAGCAAUAUUCUUAUUCUUUUCAGGAAGAAUUGAAGAAAUUAAGGGGAACCUUGAUGAGGCAAUCAGAAGGUUCGAGGAAGGCUGUGCUGCACAGCAAGCCUGGAAGCAAUUCCAUCACAUGUGCUACUGGGAGCUGAUGUGGUGCUUUACCUACAAGCAGCUGUGGAAGGUGGCUUACUUCUACGCUGACCUCCUCAGCAAAGAGAACCGCUGGUCUAAGGCUAUGUACGUCUACAUGAAAGCUGCAUACCUGAGUAUGUUACCUGCACACGAAGCAAAACCCUUCGGGGACGAUGAGGUCGAACUCUUCAGACAAGUACCCUUGCUGAAGCAGAAGAUCGCUGGUAAGUCUCCCCCCACUGAGAAGUUCGCUAUUCGAAAAGCCAGAAGAUACAAGUCCAACUACGCUGUGAGGCUGCCAGUACCAGCUCUGGAAAUGAUGUACAUGUGGAAUGGCUUCACAGUCAUCGGUAAACAGCGGGAUCUUACGGAAGAAAUGCUGAGAACGAUCAGUGAGGCAGAGACGGCGCUAGAGCAAGCAGCACCUAAUGACUACCUGACGGAUGACAGGUGCAUGGUGAAACUCUUGAAAGGCUUAUGCUUGAGGCAUUUGGGAAAUGUCUUGGAAGCUGAGCAGUGCUUUGUCUACAUAUACCACAAUGAGAAGAACAUUAAGUUUGACCACUACUUGAUUCCAAAUGCACUUCUGGAGCUCAGUCUGCUAUAUAUACAACAGGCGAGGAAAGAAGAAGCUAUUAAGUGGCUGAGACGAGCAAAGCAAAACUACAAGGACUAUUCCAUGGAAUCUCGGACGCUCUUCCGAAUACAUGCUGCUCUUUCCAAACUGAAGGCAGAGAAAGAUGAGAAUGGGUUUGAAGUGACUGCCCUCUAGAGGUGAACCCAACCCAAUGCAAAAUGGAGGACUUAAUAAACAUUAAAAGUGGCUUAAUAUAGGAAGUGGGUAAAAUUAAAACAGAAAAAGGCCAGGAAAUACCUGGGGGUUGAAUUUUUAUGCUGUGGGACAUUUGUGAGCUUCGGGGAGCUGGUCUGCCCAUACUGAAUCUCACACUCAUGGCUCAUAAGUAUUGUCCUGCGUCAUUUUGAUUUGAGGGGAGGAGGUGGAGAGCGUUCCCAUGUGACAAGUCACAAUGCCGUAUUUCAAUAGCGAUGCAGAGCCCAUAGUCCUUCUGACUUUUCUUGGGGCUUAGGAUCUUAAAAAUACUUCACAGGUUGCUCGUAUCAACUAGAGAGCAUCUCACACAUGGAAUGAGAAAUGCCUUUUAUUAACGUUGAGGUAUCAAGAUGAGAAAAGGAGUCUUGGAAGACAUUACAGGAAGAACUGCGUACUUUUCGAUUUUUCUUACUGCUCCUUACUUUGCCAUGAUUAAACCAGGUGUUAUUUUUGGAAGUCCCAGAGUUUAGAGGUCACCUUGUUAGCAUGACUACAUUCAUUUAAUUGAGAGUGUGUUUUGUAAAACAAAAAUGUAGCUUCCUGAGCUAGGUUCUUCCUCAAAGUAUUCGGAGAUAGAGACAAUAAGAAAACUUUCCCUCACAAAAAACGAAUAUGCAUUUAACAUUUUACCGAGUUUACACUUUGAAUUGAAAUAAGGGCAAGCGUUGAAAUGCAUUGAUAUGGCUUCACUCUUUUUUUAAAAAAUUUGUGGAAUGAUCAACUUCCCUUCAGUUUUAUAAACAAGAUUAAAUGAUUCGGUUCCGGUUGGCGAAUGGGAUCAGACAUGAAUACUUUGGACAGGAGACUUGCUGUUUUAAUCUGGAACAUGAAACAAUUUUCAGGAAUGUUCUGAUAUCCUGUGUUUAGAUGAAGUUGAGUUACCUAGUGGCUACUGCUUGACAGCUCAACUGCUUGGUUUAAUGUCUUGUCUUUGGGUUGUGUAAUUAAGAACGUAGAUUCUGUAGGAGUGGUGGGAGACUUGGAGGAUGAGCUAACUAUUCCCACAAAUAAUUAUUUUACUGCCCCUGCCUCUUCCAGAUCUGUUGCUCUCAUUGCCAGCAUGCAGUGUUACCAUCUGGAGCAUGGUCAUGUGGAACUUGUCUUGUUGAAAAGAGAGAUGUGUUUCCAAAACUUCUUAUCUCGCACUCAUCAUGACAAACUCAAGAAUGCCACAUUUUCACACUGAGCCAAGUACAUAGGCUGUACAUCCUAGUGAGUGGCUUAUUAGAUCAAACAACACGUUCUUUCGGUUGUUCAAAAUAGCCAAGUGCAGAUUGUACCUGACAGGACUGUGUUUGCCAAGCCCAGAGAAAUUGUCAACCAUUAAAUGUGAUUCCAUGGUUGGACAGUGCAUGCUGAUUAAUCCCAGGUGUGCUGUUAAUUUCACUCAGAACCAACCUCAGAACCAAUGGGGAGGUGAUGGCCUACUGGUGUUAUCGCUGGACUGUUAAUCCAGAGAUUCAGGUAAUGUUCUGGGGAACCCAGGUUUGAAUCCUGCCAUGGCAGAUGGAAUUCAAAUUCAAUAUAAAUAUGGAAUUAAGAGCCUAAUGAUAACCAUAAAACCAGUACCAAUUAUUGUAGGAAAAACCUAUCUGGUUCACUGAUGUCCUUUAGGGAAGGAAAUUGCCAUCCUUACCAGUCUGGCCUGCAUGUGACUUUAGACCUACAGUAGACUUCUGGGCAAUUAAGGAUGGGCAGUAAAUGCUGACCUAGCCAGUGAUAUCCCCACUCCAUGAAUGAAUUUUAAAAAAGGAUAAUCACUAAGCUUGUAAUGUGGCUCAUUCAUGUUUGCGAGGUGUGACGUACAUUCAGACACAGGGACCCACUCUCUGUAAACAUGUUCAAGCCUUGGGCCUUUGUUGAAUUACCUAUAGUUUAAAUGUGUUGCUGUGGCUUCAUUCUAUUUUCAAAUUGCAGAAUGAUCAACUCGCCUUCAGCUUUAGCAACAGGACUCAAUGAUUUAGUUCUACCUGGUGAAUAGGAUCAGGCAUGAAUACUUUGGAUACAAGACUUGCUGAUUAACACAGCAUAAUAAUUCAUUCAGGACAAUUUUUGUUGAUAGUUCUCCAUUGCUUCUCCAAGACAACACCUUGGCUAAUCAUGAGUAUAUUUGCCAACCAAUCAUUUCUCUUGUAAUACAAAUCAUUUUAAUUGUUGGAAAUUUGGCAUAGUUUGCAUUUGUCUUGGUGGGUGCAAGAUUAAACUCAUUGGAAAAUAUGUCUCUAUUCAGCGGCAUCACCAACAUUGGUAUUGUUCCAUCAUCUGGGACAAGGUCAUUCUUCAUUUGAGAGCAUAGGUGGGCUGGUUGAUUGUGGAGAGAAUCACAGGGAACCUUAAUCCUGUUCUCAUCUGAUAUCAACACAGGGUACAGAGGAAGAUGGUCAUGGGUGGAAACCUGUGCUGAUCUUCCCUCUCAUGCGGUGAUGUCAAGGCCAGUUGUCAUGCCUGAGCCUAACCAAUGCGGCUCUGCCUGCUCUGCAAGACUCCAGUAGGUGGUUGCGGUGCCCAAUUGAGAAGUGUCAGUCCCACUGACUGAUCCCUGGCACUACGAUAGCAAUGGUUGGCUCGCUCGCUGAGCUGAUCCUUUAGUUCGAAGACAUUUCAUUACCCUG